CAUCCACUGCUGGGCCCUCUCCAAAGCAGCAUCUCAGACAAGGCUGAGGUGCGUUUGGAUCUCGCAGAACAAGUACAGCUUUACGCAGCAGACUCUUCUUUUUACAGACACAAAACGAAGUCCACGGUCUCAGGGAUAGCAUCCUAGGACUGAUAUCCGAGCACGCCUACGUCGGCUACCAACAGCAACGGUUUUGAAACUACAUGUCAUUUCCAGUCACAGUCUUACACGUCUCGCGGCGCUGGAGGACCGUCGCGCCUCGCACCCCGACGAUCUGGUUCUACCUCCGCCUGACUGGCGUACAGUCCACAACUUACCUCUCAACCUUCGUAGAGCGGUUUUUGGACUCACCCCUCGAUAUUGUCAUGAGAUCUCACGUUCUGAAAGGCACUAACUGGACAGUAUUUUUACAAAGCCACGAGUGGCGCACGUACACGUCGUACAUGGUGCAACUCCUUCAGCACGUCGACCGUUGGCGGCGUUUUUCACUCUUUGCAUCGCACGCAGAAGCCGCACACGCAUCAUGCUCAGUACUAAAGGGCUGCAGAGCGGCACGCCUGCACUGUCUUCAAAUUUGGCUGCUGAAUUCAGCACCGCUGUUCAUGGAGUAUCUGUUUCUCGAGGGCAAGCCGUCCCUCGAACACGUGCGUCUCACCCACACGAGACUCGCGAUGUUCAGCCCUCCAUUGUACCAUACGCUGAUGGUCCUUUUUCUUUAUUUCCAAGCGCGAUCCCCCUUUCCGCACGAGAGCCUCCAGACGAUAUUGUCAUCAGCGUCGAUGCUCGCCAGGCUGUAUAUCAGUUGCAUCAAGUGUACUCUUACCCAAGGCUGGCAAACGCCUGUCAAUGCGCCUGCACUGCGCGAGCUGGACACAGCACGGGAGCUCAAUGCUCUCUUGCGAUCUCUUGCGAACGUGCUGCGAAAUGGACCGGGAUUUCCCUGCACACACCGUGUUGACCUCCACCUUUCCAAACGUGACCAUCUUGCGAAUGAUUGAUGUCGAGGCGAACGCGUUUCUGUCUUAUCUACGGGCUGUCGACCCCAACCAGGCGCCACCGUGGUGCAUCUUGCGAGGUCUGGUGCCCACCCAGUUCGCCAUCGGAUGCGAAUAACUACCGCACGAGGUCGUCGAAUCGCGCAAGCGCGCAGGAGCACGGCUCGCCUCGUUGAGCCUUGGCUCACAAAUGUACCUCAAUGACGGGACUGUACAGUUCUUGUAGCGACAACUCCAGUUGUCCCUCUACCUCCCAACGGGGCCAGGGUUCUUCCGCGACGUGGAAAAGCGAGACGAGCACGGCACAGAUAACCUGC